AUGGCAAUGACAUUGGCAAUAGCUCAAGAGUCUCAACAGGACAUUCUGCAAAACUCGGAGAUGGACUUGGAAGUUGAAGUGACAGUGAAGCUGAAAAUGAAGUUGAAAUCGACAGCAACAGUGCGAAACACACCUGAAAAUAUACUCGAGGCGUCGUUCUCUCUUGACCACGCUGGUGAGCCCGAGGAUGUCACUGUCGUGGACGUGGUCGUCACAGACAAAGACUCCGGCGUUCCUGCCACUGGCUUCUUUUCGGUCGGCGACAGUGUGGCUGGCAUGUCUCUAGGCAGACACGUAACCGAGAGUGUGCUGGACAUUUUUGAACACGCUGGCACUGCAACUUCAAAUCGAUAUCCACUUCGGUCCCAGCACUCGAAUCUCAACAAAGAGAAUGAGUACGCAUUGACAUCUGCCGCGGCGCAAACCACAGUCGGGCUACCGCCUAAACUACCCAAGGCUGCGGAGCCAAUUGCCUUCAAACUACGCUCGCGAAAUGUUCCCAUGAACCCGGUCACACCAAGAACUGGACGUGGGAUCUCGAAGAGGGGUUUGAAAAAAGCUGCAAAACGCGCGGCGAGGAAGUGUGAGACAACUCUACCGCCGAAGCCAACACCAAAAUCUGCAAAAGAUCAUGAUGAUGUACCUGUCGAAAAGAUUCAACGCCGCGAGCAAAAGAGGUGUGCCGUUCGGUUCGAGAAUCAUCCGAAAUUCGUCAAGAUGGCUGAAAGCGAUGGUAUCACAGCUGCCCUGGAGCACUUUGGCGCAAACGCGGAACGCAAAACAAAGAACAGGCUCGACAAGGCAUCCAAGAGGCGAUGGCAAAACAUACAGACGGGCGAAGGAGGCUCUGAGCAGGGGGUUAUCACCGACGAGGCGAAGAUGGACGAUAUCACUAAGGGUGGCAAGGGGAGAAAUGGCGAAGAGAAUGCAUUGCCAGCAUUGUCUUUUUACCCUGCCAUCUCUCCCACUGAUGAUGCCGAUAUGCGUUGGGUCGUUCUGUUAGUCUCGUCUCAGCCGGCGGAUUCUGUUUUGGAUUUGCCUCAGGUCAAGUCCACCACUAAAAGCCAUGACUUGCGAAGUCAUCGGAAGUACACAAGGAAAGGGAGAACAGAGGCUAAUUAA